UGAAACGGCACGCGGAAACUGUAAAGUCAAUUUCGAAGCUCUCCAAAGUAGCCGGGCUAUAUCCACAAACACCACUUUUUUUUGUUUUUAAUGUUGACAGCAGCGGGGUUUGUACCGUGAGCAGGACCUUGGAUAUCAAGUCAGAUAGCGUAUCUUAACACAGUCACCGAGCUGUCACCCUCAGGAGAAAGUUAUGGCACAUAACGAGUCGUUGGUCGCUUUGAAUGGGACUCAAAUUUCCUACAUCGGCCAUGACUGCAAGGAAAUCCCAAACUUCCUUGGAGACACAUAUGGCCAGUUUGCAAGAAGGUUGGAUCUAAGCUUCAAUCAGCUCAGGUCACUGACGGGCCUCAAAAUGUUCACUGAGCUGGAAGAGCUGAUCGUUGACAACAAUCUGCUUGGAAAUGACCUCCUGUUGCCCAGGUUACCCAGCCUGCACACCCUGACACUCAAUAAGAACCAACUGACUGAUAUCGAGGCCCUGCUGGAACACUUGGCUGAUGUGACCCCGUCACUGGAGUACCUAAGCCUGCUGGGAAAUGAGGCCUGCCCCAACCAGCUGGUGAGCCCGGAUAAGGACGAGGACGACUACCAGAGAUACAGGUACUUUGUUCUGCACAAGUUGCCCCAUCUGAAGUUUCUGGACACCAGGAAAGUAACCUUAAAAGAAGUGAUGGAGGCGCAGGCAAGAGGAGCGUUCAUGAAAGUUGUCAAACCCAAGUUGGAAGCUCCACCUAAUGUGCCUGGAUCUGAGAGUCACCCUCUGCCCUACACUCCUCUACCCCGAGGAUCCAGAGAUGCCAAGAACCACAAAGGGCUAUUCGCCAAGUGUCGCUACGUCUACUAUGGCAAGCACUCAGAAGGCAACAGGUUCAUCCGAAACGACCAACUCUGAUGGACAGCGGUCAGACACAAAGAAGGACGUGGGUGACGAGAUGUUACCAGAAGGAAAGAGGAUUAAAUCAAUCUCUUAUUUAUAUAUAAAAAAAGAAAACUGGUGAUAUUUGAGUCACCCGGAUCUCCCACUGGAAAAAGAUUGAAAUUGUAUUAAAAUAUUGUGUUAUGUAAGUGGAAUGUGUUUUUUAAAGUUUGUAUUCCAGCCCCAUAGUUACUGCCUCCCUGCUUCCAGCUCAGAGUCAGAGAUGACACUCCCACUGACAUGAUUGCCUCUAAGCAUCAGCAACAAUUCCAGACACACACAACACGCACGCAAGGACAGUCUCUCUCUCUCUCUCUCUCUCUCUCUCUCUCUCUCUCUCUCUCUCUCUCUCUCUCUCUCUCUCACCCGUUCUCUUACACACAGUCAGUGACAAACACACCCAGCCAAUUGCAUCCUUUUCUUUGACAGCCAUGAUGGAUCACCCGUCCACUAUGCCACUAAUCAAGGGUGAAAGGGGUGACGGUCACACACCUGGGGCCUGACAUAGACUCAUCUCUCUCUCUCUCUCUCUCUCUCUCUCUCUCUCUCUCUCUCUCUCUCUCUCUCUCUCUCUCUCUCUCUCUCACACACAUAUAACUGCUGUUUAAAAACAUUAAGACAUUGCCAAGAGUUUGACAGAACAAGGUUUAUAAAGCCUGGUCAACUUAAGGCACGAUCAGUCUAUCUCGUUUAGUUUGUGGCAGACUGCAAAAUGCAUUGAAUGCAAUUUGAAUGAAUUUGAUCUUUGUGCCUCUCAGAAAAGAAAGAGAAGUCAGACAUAUGUCUGAUAUCUGAGCAAUGAUUUGGUCAGUUCUGUUGAAUGUGUGUACUGUAUGUGUGUAAAGAUGUAUCAAAUGCAGCUUUUGAUGUCAAAAACAUUCCAAUACCAGCUUUAAUGAAGAACAGAGUUGUAACAAAGUAUGUAUUCCAAGUAUAUUGUUAUGUACAGUAUGGUGCCAUAUUCUCAUUGUUUUGCUUUUUCUCCCACUGUGUGCCUUCAACUGAAAUAUUCCCUUCAUUAGAAAGUAAAAAGUACAAGACAUAAUCUUCAGAUCAUUUGCAUCGAUUGGAAUAUUGUCUCUAAAGUUGUAGUGUUCAAAUGCACUGUUUUUUAAAUGUUUACAUUUUAUUAUACUCGUAUGAUCACCGUGGUUCUACAGUGCACUCGUAAUGUGUUUAUUAUGAUUUUUAAUAGACAACAACCUAAGGUUAAAUACUGCCAUCUUUUAUCAUCUUAGUUAAAGUUCUCCAGGCAACGAUCCAAUCUAAAAUGUUGACAUGAAUGAUGUGAUAUCAAUGAUGUGAUAUAAAAUUGCAUUAAGUGGACAUGUGUCUCUUGUCAAAUGUCUGCAGAGCUUAAAGGAAUACGCCACCAUUUGUAUAUCAAUUACUCACCCUGUGUUACCUUG